AAAAAAAAAAAAAGGAAAAAAAGAAAAGAAAACCCUCGCUCAAAAAAAUUACCCCCAGACUCCACUUAGUGCACCGAUCACCGACCACCGACCACCCCGCCUCCUCCGGCCGAUCGCCGCUCGCCAUCGGAAGUUCGAAACACCCCCCCGGCUGACAGUCGGAAGUUCGGAACCCUCCCCGCUCCGGGCCGCGUGCAGCGCGCCGCAUGCCAUCUGGUUGCGGAAUUAGCAUCGUCUAUUAUCUGCAUGUUAAGCUACAUUGUCCUCGCAAUAUCCCAUGGAUACACAAGCAGCUGAAAGCAAUAACCGAAAACUGGUGUCUCCAAAUGUUAUGGACUUCCUGUUGUAUGCGAAGAAGGAACUUGAGAAUGACCAGGACACAUACAACAAGUUUCAUCAUAUCAUAUUGAAGAUCAGACACCAGAGUUCUGUAUGUUCCAGAUUUGACGCUGAGGAGAUUUUAUUAAGUGUGAGAGAGCUGCUCAAAUGUUACCCGACUAUACACCAUGGCUUCGAGUGUUUGCUCAAAGGGCUUGAGGUUGCUCCUGUACUUUUCAAGGAUGGUAUAUGUGUUAACAGUGCCUCUGAUUUGAUUCAUGAAAUACAGAAUUGUUUUGGUGAUGAUGGAAGCUCUUUCGAGAGCUUUGCAAAUAUUCUCAAAAUGUGUCAGGCGGAGGAAUUGGACAUAUACGAUGCCCGGUGGAAGCUGCGGAGGCUCCUCCGAAAGCGUCGAGAAUUGUUUGCUGAUUUAAUCAAGUUCUUGCCACUUGAUAGAACUUCUAAGCAGAAGGAGAGGACAACGGUAGUGAAGCAUGCACAGAAGGAUAAGUAUGGUAGGGAGGAUCAAGAUGGCAGAGAUAUUGAACAGGAUGAGACAAAGUUGGUUCAUGACACCAUGAAUUUGAACAAUCUAGCAUGCAAGCGAAAACCUGCUGAAAGUAACAAUAGUUUUUCUGAUGAACAUCUGCAGAAAGAGUCCUUUUAUAAUGAAGAACAUAUGAGAAGAUCAAGUAGCCCAGACGAUGGAAGCAUGAAGAAUGAGAUGGAUAAGAUCGAGAACGGAGACUGCCACAAUAGUAAGACGGAAGAGAAGGAUACAACUGAUAUAUUUGCUUCUAGAGAUGCACUCUUUCAUGAUGGAUACCGCCGCUGUAAUCCUAGUUACCGUACUCGCUCGAAGGAUUACCCAUUUCCUGCAGCAAGCUGUAGGACUGAACUGGAUGCAUCAGUUCUGAAUGAUACUUUGUGUUGUAAGACUUCCGGGAGUGAAUGUUUUUUUCAACGUAUGCAGAAAAAUGACUAUGAAUGGAAACUAUUUGAAUGUGAAGAAAGAAGGUAUGAGCUAGACAUGUUGACAAAGUUGGUGAAAGCAACUUCUAAGAAAGUAGAAAAAUUAAGUUGCAUGGUUGAAAAAAACAAGACUAAGCCGGAAAAGCAACGUCGAAUUAUAAAUCGCUUGACCUCUUCACAUUUGACGUGUAUUGAGCGGUUGUAUGGUGAAUAUGGGCUGGACUUUAUUGAUAUUCUACACAACAAUCCUAGCUCUGCGCUGCCUGUAUUACUUAAGCAUUUAAAGAAGAAGAAAAAUGAACUCUUGUGGUGUGAAGCAAGUCAGAACAAGGUUUGGGCCAAAAUUAUUGCGAAGUAUCACCUCAAAUCACUCGAUUAUUGUGGUCCAUAUUUCAAGCAACAUGAUCCAACGGCUUUUAGUGAUGAAGUUUUGCUGGCCGAAAUUAAAGAAGCAAAUGAGAAGAAAAGAAACAAGGGAAGGUUGAUUCCCUCUAAUAUUACUGGUAAUACGGCAAUUAAAACUCCUGAUAUGGAAUUUGACUACAUAGAAUUAGAUAUUCAUGAAGACCUAUACGACAUUAUCAAAAAUACAUGUGGUCAAAGUGGCAUUGCCAAGGAGCAACUAAAUGAAAUCAUGGGGAUCUGGUCGACAGUUAUUGAGUCAAUGCUGGGUGUUUCUCAUGUUUUAAAAGCUGCUAAAAGUGAUUGUAACAACAGUAGUCAAAAGGUUGGUUAUGAUGAUCCAGCACCUUCAGAGAGAGGUGAGAAAUUAAGGAAAGUUCCAAAGACAAAUCAUGGCUGUGCAUCGGAAAGCAACAACAAACUUGGUAAGUACGAAACAAGCCCACAUGCUAGGAGUGUGUAUCAAGCCAGCGUACGAAAACUAGUUUCUUGUGAUGAUGGAGAAGACGAUGAAAGUGCUCAGAGGUCUAGAGGGAACAAUCUAAAUUUAUUAGUGUGUGACAAUGCCAAGUUACUCUCCUGUAAAGAUUGCAAUUAUGAACAUAACAUUGAUGUUGAAAGAAUGGCUGAUACACAAACUUCUGAGGGAGAAGGAACAUCAUGGCCGUCAUUGUAUCCUUAUUUGGAUGAUAAGGAAGAAGAAUGCUCCAGGGUUUUCUAUGGGAAUAGUUCAUUUUAUGUUCUUUUUAGGCUUCACCAGAUUUUAUACAAGAGGCUACUCUUUGCUAAGACAAUGAGUACCAUGAACGACAAAAGCAGUAACGAUCUCUAUGAAAAAUUUAAAGUUUCUCUAUAUAGGCUACUCGGCAAAUCUUCUGGCAAUUCAGAGUACGAAGAUGAUUGUUUCGCUAUCUUAGGAACUCAGUCUUAUGUGCUUUUCACAUUGGACAAGCUGAUUGAUAGAGUUCUUAAACAGCUUGACAAUAUUAUGUCAAGUAGUCAGGCCUCUGAGUUUCUUCAGCUCCAUGCAAACGUGAAAACAAUAAGGCUGGGAAAAUCUAGCAAUCUUGGUUAUUAUGAAAAAGCACGUGCUCUUCUUCCAAAUGAAAGCAUAUUCCGAUUCGAAAGUUUUGGAAAUCCAACACGACUAUCUAUAGAACUGAUUAAUUGUGGGCUUGAGGAAACUGAAGGAGCUGACGUACCUAUGGAUGAGGAUGUUUAAUCUUAUUUACAUAACGAUUUCUUUACUCAGUGUUCCUUGAAGGAAGAUUUCUCAGCUACUAUACAAAGUCAUAAAUCUCUUAGGAUGGCUUUUCUUUUCCAAAGAUAUAUCCUUUGAAACUAUCACAUGUGUUCAAGAGAAUUAUGGUUAUAACUCUAAACUCUUCCGAGAUGAUGGAGGCGAAUGACUCAUAAUGGCUUGAUAUUCAGAAUGCUGAGCUCCUCGAAGGUAUUCGGAGUCGUAAUUUAGGUUCUGAAACUCAAACCAUGUUCUUGCCAAUUUUGUGUAUAUGCUGAUCUGUUUUCACCAUUCUUAGGCAAUUUCUUCAGUUUUCAUGUAGUCCAUAUAAUACACACAUUUUUUUUGGUAUUUGAUGAUGGAGGUUUUUCUUUGGGAAAGUACAGAAUUUUUGUUGAUCUUAUAGAAAGAUGAUAUCAGGAAGUUUAAAUAUCUUCUUUUGCUGAGA